AUGUCUUCGAUAUCUUUGUUGGUCCUGCUCUGGUUGCCCUGUAUAGCAGCUAAUGCCGUAGACUUCCCGUUGGAGCUUUGCCCCUACCUGCCUGGUGAAUGUCGGGAGGAAUGUGCCUUUAAGUUUGUCCACAAAUGGGGUAUUCCUCUCUGUGCCGCUGAAGGCUACCAUUGCUGUGCCCCGGACUAUUUAGUAAAACAAAUGGAAGAAUUGAAGAAAACCACUACGGAAGCAUUACCGUCUACAACACCUUCUACCACAACUACUACCACAACUACCACAACACCAGCUCCAACCACCACACCCACAACCACCUUAAGACCAAGCACGACCACCAUCACAAUGGCGGACGUUGUGAUCACUUCAACAGCAACUCCAGAACAGGCAUUACCGGACCUUCCACAAGGCAAUCAACCAUUCAUCCCGCAGCUUCCCCUAGAGGAAGAACGUCCGGACCAAGAGAUGCCCUUUCAGAAUCAAGAACUUCCCUUGGGUGAUCAGCCACAAGAGCCGGCUUAUGACCUCCCAAAUACUAUCAACACAGGGUCAGAUUGUGGACAACCAUUUUUCAAUCAACGAGUGAAGAGGAUUAUAGGUGGUAGUGUAACAAAGCGAGGAGCUUGGCCUUGGCAAGUUGCCUUCCGGUAUAUGAGUGGUGCUUAUCUCUGUGGUGGAGCCCUUAUCAACGACCGCUGGGUAGUAACUGCGGCUCAUUGUUUUAAACGGCAGUUUAACACAGCAGCCCAUUGGAGAGUCAGUGUUGGGAUCCAUGAUAUUGCCGGAAAAGAUCUUCACAGAAAGGAUAUAGCAAUCAAACGAAUUAUCAAGCAUCCAUUCUACCGAAAGGAUUCUGAAGGUAUGGCGUUAAACAAAACACUUCCUUCCCAUCACCACUAUCGACAUGAUAUCGCCUUGGUUGAGCUGGCAGAAGCAGUUGAUAUGAACUCGCCUUAUACUCGGCCGAUAUGUCUUCCGACUCACGGGAAUCCUCGUUUUCCUCCUACUAAUGAAAUCAACAAACGGCUGGAGGAGGAGUUAGUAAGGGAAACAGAAGACGAGUUGUUGAGGGAAGAAGCUGUAAGGGAGGCUUUACCGGAGUUCACCCAAUAUAUGUGGAGGAACCGAAGGGACGCUGAUUUGGAAAAUGUUGAUGCAGAUAAUCAUAUAAGUCUUUAUGACGUAGAGCGCUUUGGAGAGUGCUACAUCACAGGAUGGGGAGACACGAAGGGUACUGGGGAGGUGACAAAGUUGCAACAGGUCCGCGGUCACGUCAGCAGUGCUGAUGAGUGCAGUAAAUAUUGGAAACGAGAGAUUGAUGAUGAUAUGAUCUGCUUCGGAGAUGGAACAAAAGGACCAUGUUUGGGCGAUUCUGGUAGUCCAAUGUCGUGCAAAUACAAGGGUCGCUUCUACGUGGUUGGCGUGGUGUCCUGGGGGUCAGAUGACUGUAACCGGAAGGGAUAUCCUAGUGUUCUCACUCGAAUGACAUCUUACCACGAUUGGAUAAGGGAGAUUAUCUCGGAAGGUUGA